AUGUCGGAUCAUACAGAGGAACAGCUAGAGAAUGGCGGCAGUAAUGGCGGUCAUACGCUGAAACGACAUCGAGAGGAAGACAGUAGUGGCAGUAGUGACUCAGGGCGUUCAAGAGCACUUUCUCUUCCUCCUCUUCUUCCUCGCAAGCGUCGUCGUUUCUCGGACACAACCAGAGAGAUAAGGGCGCUACAUGAGAAGGUAGAGUUACUUUCCGAUCUUUUGUUGCUGAAACAAAACGCACCUGAGCCUCCAGUCGUGAGCAUGCCUGCGACAGCCCCACAGACAAGCGUCCUGAACUUAGGACAAUGCAAGACCGAGAUCAUUUGCGGCAAAAGAGCUUCAUGCAUCGAGGCAAGACGUGAGAGGAUAUUAACAGAGGCACCUAAUAAGCAGGUGCAGGGGGCCUUACGCAGAAUUCCGCCUAGCUCGGAACACCUCUUUGGCAAGGAGAACCUGUCAACAUUAAUUACGUCUUUAGGUGGUGCCCAGACAUGGCUAAAGGAGCCUUCGCACAGCAGUAGCAGGCAC